AUGUCGAAGCGCAAAAAGACGAGGGUCGAAAAGCAGGCUCUCCGAGAAUACAGCAAGCCAGUAACUCAAUAUUCCGAUGAUGGGAAGGACGCCAAAUUCGAGGAUCAACACCACGCGCCCCCUCAUAUCUUGGAUGAUAUGAAUCGAUGGAGGGACGCGCUAAAGAACAGCUUGCUAUGUAUCGAACCGCCUCCCGAGCACACACCAGCGCUUCCGGUCCACUGUAUUUGGUUUUUCGCCGGCGACAGACCCUACCAAGAUCAACGAGAGGUGUCCACGAAGGCCAUAAUGGCAUCGCUAGUCUGCACCUUCAUCAAACAACUCGUUGAUAUCAUACCGCCCAUCUUUCUUAGGGACGAGAAAGCGCUCUCAAAGGAUAAAUUCGACGAACUGCAAACAGAGAACGGAGAGACAGGCGCAUUAUCCAUAUCGCUCGACGGGGCCAUCGAAGUCAUCAAAGCUCUUGUAAAUGCAGCACCUUGGCCCCUAUUUUUCGUCCUCGCAGAUUUACAUGUGCUGAUACCCCUCGGUGUCCACCCUGACCCAGAUGUCGCCUGGCAGAUCAAGAAGUUAAUGCGUUUUCUGGCCAUACCAGAUGAGUCCAGACUAGUUCGGAAGGUUCUGUGGGUAGGUGCUGGGUCGCCUUUCCCCGCGUGGAUAGCGGAAUUGAUGUUAAAUGGUGGUUUCACCUCUGUGAAAUACGAGUAG